UAAGCCUGGUGGAUUCUAAUGUAUGCAUGCAUACAAACAGCACAAAUAUGGACGAGAUUAACAUGGAUGAAGAGCAUGUUCUCAGGAGAUCUUGGGAUGUGGGAAAAGAUGUCCCUGUCAUCCAGAAUGAACAGACAUCCCGAAAACUAGUGACACUUCUGCAAUGGCUUUCCUUCUUCAUUGUUGCCCUUCUUGUAUUUGCUCUUGCCAUAUUUAGUAAGGGAUCCUUUCUGCUCCUGAUAACACUGUCAAGUAAUGCCACCGAUACAGUCCCAGCUGACCAAAAGCCAUGCGUCCUCCUCAGUGUCAGCUGUACAGUGAUUGCGCCAAGUGUCUUGCUCCUCGUCAAAAGCGUGUGGAAAAUAUUCUUCAAAGACUCAGAGAAACCAUCAAGGAUUACGAUUGUGUGGGUGCUGGGUGUCGAAUUCCUCGUGUCGCUGGGGACAGCGGUUCUCACUAUUGUUGCCAUGCCAUUCUUCGGCAUUGUGACCAAUGUGUCGAUGCUGAACAGCAUCAGCAUUCUGUCCUCCAUCUUCCAGGUGGGCGCUCAGUGCAUUGCGAGGGAGAGGAAGCGAUUCAUAGUGCCCCCACUCAUCUCAUUAGUCCUCAUACUGUCAGGCUACGUGCUCUUCAUCCUCAGUUACCAACUGAAAGAAGAUAGAGGGAUGAACAUCUGGAUCGGAUUGGCAAUAAUGGGGACCAUCUUUGUCUCGCUGAACUGGUGGGAGAACUACAGCACCCUCUUCAAAAGCUCCUUCCUGAACAGUAUAUCCAAAGAUAUAGCGAAGUGCAGGAAUGUGGUGAACAUCCUCUCUAGUCUGGUCCGGAUUAUGGUCACUGCAGCCGUGGUCGGGGCAUACAUCCCUCUGUCUGGCAGAGUCUGGUCAUCGGUGACAUCAGUUCCAGGAGAUGUGAGGUUGGUGAUCCUGAUCUUGGUGGCCGUCCAGAUAGUGUCCUCCGCUCUGUGCCAUUGGUUCGUGGUGGUGGCUUGCAAAAUGCACGCCCUGCGGCGAAGCUUCUUGUUACCCAUGUACCUGGCCUCGUUAGGUGUUCUGGCAGCGUUCGUCGCUCCUGUCAUUAUCUUCUUCCAGAAUUCAAGUGACUCCAGAGGUGCUAACUACACCAUCACAGAGUACUGCAAUGAUAUCACAUAUGGCAGGGGCCUAAGCGGCGAUGCUUUCUGGUUUGAGAGGCUAGUCAGGGACAUCACCCAUACCCUCUGUCCCCAGCACAUGACCGACCUAACAGAAAUGGGCCUCUUGGGAGGCUCUGCACUCUGCUGGUGGUUGGGUUGGAUGCUGUGCACAAUGCACAUCUGGUUCCUCCAGCUUCAGCGCAUCGAGAGGACACAGAGUCUGUUUGUGCGGAGGAUGUACGAGGGGCCCUUUCUGGAACAGUCCAUGCUGCUCAACACGCGUUUUGAGAUUCAGAAGAAGAAAACAAUCCACAGGCAAACUGACCCAGUCACAGUGUACCUGUGUGCAACAAUGUGGCAUGAGAGCUAUGACGAAAUGAUGAAAAUGAUCAUCUCAAUGUUCAGACUGGACAAAUACAGGCCAAGGAAAGACACCAACAAUGAUGUGAGCUUCGAGUCUCACAUUUACUUUGAUGAUGCUUUUAAAGACGUGAAAGGUAGUAAAGGCCGGCAUGUGAACGAAUACGCAGAGGACCUGGUGGAGGUUAUCCGAGAGGUUUACAAUAUCUUCAAUGAGAAGGAUUCAUGCAUCUUCAAAGAGAGCCCACCCCUUCAAUGCCAGAGGAUCCUGCACACCCCUUAUGGAGGUCGACUGGAGUACACCCUUCCUAAUCACAACCUGCUGAUGGUGCACUUUAAGGACAAGCUACUGAUCCGCCACAAGAAGAGAUGGUCUCAGAUUAUGUACUUGUACUACAUUCUCGGCUGGCGACUCACCAGGAAGUAUUUCGAGAAGUUUGAGCAGGGUGAAGAUGAGCAAGUGCUGGGGGAAAAGAUGAUGAAAGAGAAGGACAGUACCUACCUCCUGGCUUUGGAUGGGGACACCGACUUCCAGCCCUAUGCUGUAAUGCUCCUAAUAGAUCGGCUGAAACUUUAUCCACGUGUGGGUGCGGCAUGUGGGAGGAUUCACCCGACAGGCACAGGUCCUAUGGUAUGGUAUCAGAAGUUUGAGUAUGCGGUGGGCCACUGGCUUCAGAAGACUGCAGAGCACGUGUUUGGUAGCGUGCUCUGCAGCCCCGGCUGCUUCAGUCUGUUCAGGGGCACAGCCCUCAUGGACGACAACGUCAUGAAGAGAUACACCACUAAGGCCACGGAGGCUAGCCACUACGUACAGUACGAUCAAGGUGAAGACCGCUGGCUGUGCACUCUCCUGCUGCAGCAGGGCUGGAGGGUGGAGUACAACGCUGCGUCUGACGCCUACACCAACGCCCCCCAGGACUUCAAGGAGUUCUAUAACCAGCGUCGGCGCUGGGGGCCCUCCACCAUGGCCAACACCAUCGAUCUGCUGGGCUCAGGGUCUCUGACCUCCCAGAGGAACAGCUCCAUCUCCAAACCCUUCAUCCUCUACCAGAUUCUCAGCAUGGCCGCCUCCAUCCUAGGCCCGGCCACAAUCUGCCUAAUGAUCUCAGGAAGCUUGUCGUUCAUACUAGACAUCGAUCCCAACGUUGCUUUGGUCCUUGCAACAGUGCCCCCUGUGGUGUACCUGUUGCUGUGCUUCAAGCUGAAAUCGGACACACAGAUCGCCAUAGCAGCCGUCAUGAGUGUCUUGUACGCUUUCCUCAUGAUAGGAACCGCUUUGUCCAUCGUAGGUGCUAUGGUUGAGCAGCAAACCAUUUGGACUCCUAGCGGCCUGUUUAUCAUAGGCCUGGUGCUGAUGAACAUCAUCACAGCAGCGCUCCACCCCAAGGAGUUCCAUCUGGUCGUCUACGGCCUCCUGUACUUCAUCUCUAUCCCCAGUGGCUACCUCCUGCUGACCAUCUACUCCAUGGUCAACAUGAACAAUGUGUCCUGGGGCACUCGGGAGACAGGUGUCCAAGUCGCUGCACCACCACCAGCCAAGGCCAUCACACAGCGCAUCCUACAGGCCAAGUGCUGCAAGUUUCUCUGCUGGGACAGUGGAAAAGUGGCAGACCAGAAUGGUCAGUUGCCAGAAACAGUUGUGUUGGGUAAUGAGCCAAAGGUGAACCCUAAUCUGACCUCUCAGGACAAUAACAGGAAUGUGGAAUUCUGUUCUCAUCAGUCUACUGAACAAAACUUUGUAACACAACUGCAGAAGAAGUCCUAUGACUUCCCUCUAAAUGAAGAUUUUCUUGUGAAGGAAGAGGAGGACUUUUGGAGAGAGCUCCAGAAGCUCUAUUUGGAACCUCUGGCUGAGGAUAAAGAAAAGCAGAAGAAAAUCACAAAUGACCUAAAGGAACUGAGAAACAAGGUGACUUUUACCUUUUUCAUCUGCAAUGCAAUGUGGCUGGUGGCAACGUUCACUCUUCAGGCCAUUGGAACCUCAGUCACCAUCAAAAUCCCAAAAUCCAAUCUCAAUCUGACUCAGACUAGGGAGUAUCUAUUUAUCGAUCCAGUAGGACUGAUGUUCCUUUUGGGAUUUGCAUCCUUACUGCUGAUCCAGUUCUUUGCCAUGUUCUACCACAGAAUUUACACUCUGAUCCAUUUCGUGGCAUUUGUGAACACGGAGUCAAAGACUGAGGAAAGACAAUCAGACGAUGGCAUGCAGAAUCCUGUCAUGCUGAAGAAUCCAGCAGCAAUCCAGCAACAAGGCCAAGAAACUCCAGUGUGAGGUCUUACUACUGAGUGUCCCUUAGUGGUAGCAGUUGCAGCUAAAAUAGUAAUAGGAGUCGGAUACUGCAGUUUUGCGUUAGAUGUUGCAGUUAGAUAUAGUAGUAUUGAGGGAGAAUGUUCCAAAUAGUAUAGAUCAUAGAGUAUUUUUUGGAUUUGAUAUAGUUAACCUUUGUUUAACCAGAAAAAGACCUGUGAUGAACCUCUUUUGCGAGGGCAGUGUGAACAUACAAUACAAGAGCAAAGACGGGGACAAAACAUUAAAAACAAUUGCAGCGGUCAACAACAUGUAUUAUAGCAUAACGGAGUAUAACAAUUGAAUGUGAGUUAAAUCUCAGGGAAAUGUGAUAUAAUGUUCUCAUAUUGUGCUAUUUCAUGUGCGAUCAAUUUUUGUAGCGUGUAAUCUUUGUGUGCUUUCCCUUUUUUUAAUCAAAUGCUUUGUUGUGAAUCACUUCCUAUUAGUAUUUUGGUUAGCAGUUAUACUUUGCCCUUUUGCGUGAAGCACUUUAUCUAUAUAUUGCACUGAUAUAUAGAGAUUUUUUUGUGGAGUUAUGUUUGCUAUGUAUUUAUUAUGUAACUGAAUAGAAUGUAUCAUUUUUGUAUUUUGUUGUUAUUUAAGUAGGCAAGACAGUUAAGAACAAAUUCUUAUUUACAAUUUAUAAGCCCUCUCUACCGAUAACAUUGUGCUGUUUCAUUCUGGCAUCUGUAUUCUAAUC